GGCCGGCCGGAGGAAAAAACGGCCCACUAGUUAAUGCAUUAUAAAAACCGUCCCCUGGCGGUCGGUUGGGCAUCAGUCGCUUGUGGUCCACCGUUCCAAACCCAGUGUGUGAGUGUAGGCCGAAUUUUUCCCAACUGGCAACAUCAAUCAUGAAGGCUUUUGUGGUGUUUUGCGUAGCUUUGGCCGUGACUUGCUCGUCGGCAGUUGACGACUCCGCCUCCUCUCGGAAGGACAAACGUGGCGUUUGGGAUCUGGGCUACGGUCAUCACGACUCCUAUGCCUUCGAUAGCCAUCACCACGACAUCCAUCAUCACGACAGCAGUGCGUGGACUCCCAUCAAGCAUCACUACUCCGACGAUCACCACCAUUCGAUCGAGAUCGAGAAGAAGGUUGUCCUGGAGAAACACGUCCCAGUUGUCGUCGAGAAGAAGAUUCCGGUGCACAUUGAUCGACCAGUGCCAUACCCAGUGGAAGUGAAGGUCCCAGUAGUGCACAAGGAGUACGUCGAAGUGCCGAAACCGUAUGCCGUGCACGUGGAGAAACACGUCCCAGUGUACAUCCACAAGCCGAUUUACGUCGAGAAGCCGGUGCCGGUCAGCAUCUACAUCAAGCAGAAGAAGAAGCACUGGGGAUGGUUCUAAGACGGUGGAAUUAAGAAGACUGAUUUCUUAAUAAAACAAAGAUUGUUGAGUUAGUGUAAA